CAUGAUACUGUGGCGAACUCUAUCCGCCUAUCGAAACGCCGCAGAUCUUAGUGGGUGAGAUAUAGCUGGCGUUUCGAUUGGAGUUGCUACUUCAGAAGUUGCGCAUAGAGUUCGCCACAGUAUCAUGACCUAGAAGUGAGUGUUUUCGAAACAGAAUAAAUCCUGGUAGAGAUGGCAAUUUGAACUCUUGAAAUUAUUAUUAUAGCUAAAUAAUACUAAACAAUAUUAAUGUAAAUAAUAAUAAUAAUUUUUAAAAUCCAACUGCAAAAUUGCUGUUUAAUUUGAAAGUUGCGGAGUAGUUGCAAAGGUAACUAACUAGAGGGGGCCUGAAAUAACUCAAAAAUCCAUCAAGCAAAAGUUAGGUUAAUUCACCGCUAUUCCAGCUGUAAACAACAAUGUGUUCCAAGACAAUUCAGGGCUUUAAAGCCGUCACAAUUAGGCUCCCCGAUGCCGACACUCACCCGCACGAAAUUUUCCUAAAGGAGCACUCAUUGCGGCACUAUGAAGACGACAAACCGCCUGGAAGAACUUUGUUUGUGUUGAACAUUCCCAGUUACUUUGAAAACAAACAUGUGCAAAGUUUAUUUUCAGCUACAGCCCCCGUAACUAAAGUGAUAAUGCCCUCAAGUCCCGGCUUCAAAUCAGCCCAUGUGGUGUUUGCUAAGCCCGAAGGCCUUUCGAAAGUGCUGGCUUUGGAUGAGAUCCGGAUGAGCCAGAGUGGUGUAACAUUUGAAACUGGGCUGAGCAAAUGGGUGGAAGAGUAUAACAAUUCCAUUAGAAACCCAGAUGAGUUAGCGAACGAACUGAAUACUUUUAUGUUGAGAUACGACAAGUCUCAGGCGAAAUCCAGCAAGCAGGAAAAGAAGCUGUCGCAGGAAGUGGAUGAUGAGGGAUGGACUGUGGUGACUAAAAAAGGCCACAAGCCAGGCAUUGCAAAUAAGGAAAGCGUGAAAAUAAAACUCGCCGGAAAAAUCGUUGAGAAGAAACGGAAGAAGGAGCUGAAGAACUUCUAUACCUUCCAAAUAAAAGAGGGCAAAAUGAAGAAUCUAACCUUGCUACGGAAGAAUUUCGAAGACGCCAAGAAGAGGGUGGAGGCAAUGAAGAGCUCAAGGAAGUUUAGGCCCUAUUGAUCGAGAAGAAUGUUGAAUAAAUGAAAAUGUUGUAAAUACCAAAAUUCCAAUAAAUGCCCUAUUUUCCUUAGUA